AUGAGCUUUAAUUUAGCUAGCAUGAUGACCACAUGGUCACCUAGCUCUAUUCCUGCUACAACAACCUUAUCAUCAAUAGAUCCAACUCAUGCCCCUCAAUUAUUAUCAUCAAUAACUUCAGCUGUUGAAAAAGCGAUGACUGAAAAGAAUUAUCUUGAAUUAUUAAAAUUGUCAGAAGUUGUAAGAGGAGCUCAAGCUUCUUUAACUAUCAUUGCUGCUGAAGAAGUAUUAGCAACUGCUACUGAUACGAAUAUUCAAGCAAAAGCAACAGAAGCUAUAUUUGAAGCUACUUUGAAUUUACAAGAUUUAGAAUGGGAUCAAAAUUUAUAUAGUUUAGUUUUAAAUCGUCCUGGUAAUAUCAUUUAUUUGACGGUUUAUUUCAUUAUAUUCAUAUACACCGCUUUCAUGGUUAUUAAGUCAAGAUAUUGGUGGUAUAAUAUUACAUUUUUUUGUGGAUAUGGAUUAGAAUUUAUUGGGUUUUUAGGAAGAGUAUUGUCUUUUAGUGAUGAUACAAAUAUGAAAUUCUUUAUGAUGCAAAUCAUUUGUUUGACAAUCGCCCCUGCAUUCAUUAUGGCAGGUAUAUAUUUCUUAUUUGCUCAAAUGGUGGUUAUUCAUGGACGACAAUAUUCCGUAUUGAAACCAAUGUGGUAUUCAUAUUUUUUCAUUGCUACUGAUGUCUUAUCAUUAUUAAUUCAAGCUGGUGGAGGUGCUUCUGCUUCCAUUGCAUCUCAGAAUCAAAGAGAUACUAGACCAGGUACAAAUACUAUGAUUGCAGGUAUUGUGGUUCAAGUGUUUGCAAUGUCGGUAUUUUUAUUAUUUUGGUUUGAAUUCUUGAAUCGUAUUUAUUUUAAACAUGGUAAAGAUAAAACAGAAACCGAAAAGACUGAAAGUCCAUUGGCACAAAGAUCAAUUGGAAAUUUCUUUAGAUUAGUAUUAAAUUUCAAAUCGGUUAGAGAAUAUCGUGCUGGUCAUUUAGAACAAUAUUACAAUCCAAAAUUCGCCGCUAUUCGUCAAAAGAGAUUAUUUCCGUGGAUGCCAUUAGCAAUGACAAUUGCAGUAGUUGUGAUUUAUAUCCGUUGUGUCUAUAGAGUUGUUGAAUUGGCUCAAGGUUUCAGUGGAUAUUUGAUAAAUCAUGAAGUAUUCCUUAUGGUAUUAGAUGCUUUCAUGAUUGCAAUCGCGGGAUUGAUUUUUAUUCCAUUCCAUCCUGUUUGGGUCUUUGGGAAACAAAAUAUUGUGAAAUUGGCUACUAUUAAACGUAAUCAAGAUGAACAUAAACACAGUGAAGAAGAAGAAGAAGAAGAAGAAGAAGAAGAAACUUCUAGAGCCAGUAGUUAA